AUGCCCCUUUGGGGGCAUCUCCUUUCAACCGCGGCUCUUUUUUGGUUGUCGUCAGGCAGCCACGCGGAGCCAAAGUGUGAUGAGCCAGCCGAAGCCAGCAGCCCAGCAUUGCUCCAGUCCAAGCGCUUUGCAGGGUCUGGGCGGAUCCAGUUCUCCGAUGGGUUGACUGGGUCAUACGAUUCUGCGCCAAGCUUCGCAUGGCUGCAGAACCAGUCCAAGACUCUGGCGCCUCAAUGCCAGCGCCGAAAGCAGCCUCCCACGCCGCUGGCCGCCACGGAGAAGAUCCAACACAUCCGGAACGAGAUGCUGGUGGCCAGGAAUCUCGCAAGAUCGUGCAAUGGCAUUCCUUUGGUGGCGUACCAUGUGGACACCUCGGAGACCACAUGCUGCCCCACGGAGUCCUUGGAGUGCGCUGGCUGUGCCAAGUACUCUGGCAAGUGUGAGAAGUGCCGCGGGGGCUUCGUAACUGUGGCCAAUCGCUGCGUCUCCUGCCUCAGCACCGUCGGCUGGACCAACGAGCUGAACCAAACCUGCGACGCCCUCACGGUAGCCGACUGUAAUGACCGGCCGGUGAACGGGCAGAGCAACAAGCAAGCCUGCUGCCUUUGCGGCGGUGGAGUGAAGAGCCCCACACCCUUUCAGUACCCGGACGCACGCUUCGUCGUGGGUGCGGAUGUAGUGCUGAAGCCACUGCCCCGCACUGCCGCGCGGUAUUCCGUGAACUCGGACUGCGCCUUGGCAGCGCACAACCUCACCUUGGAUGGCGAGACUGGGGCAAUUUCCUACGCUGCCAACAAGUUGAAGCCUGCAAAAGCUUUCUCAGUGCAGUGCGAGGUUACUGCGCACCAGGACGUGGGCUUGGAGGAAACCGUCAAGGUCUCGGUCAUCGUGGACAGUAUGACCUACGGCUCGGGGGCCUUAAUCUUCGACACGGUCACCAAGUACUCAGUGGCCACUGAAACCUCUGAGUGGAAGGACUUCAGUAUGAUUUGUGCUCCGGAUGCCCCGUGGCUCUCCAUUUCCGCGGCUGGUGAAGUGUCCUUGUCUGCGACGAGCAUCGCUGGUGCCGUCACAGACACAGAAGAGGGUGAGAAUGAGUAUAAGGGUAUGGAUGGAGCUGUUUGCGUUGUGUCGGCCUUGCAGAAGUCGAACGAUAAGAGUACGGAUGAGGAGUUUGUGAAGCGCAGCACCACCUUCGCGGCCAUCAGGCCGCGGCCUUGGCCGGCCAUCACGUACGAGGCCAGCUACGUGGAGGUGGUGGUGGGUGAGGAGCUUCCCCCGAUGAAGCUCCAGGUGCCAAGCGGCUUCGAGGAGGGCAUGGGUGGCCUCAAGCCGAGCUCUUUCCACAUGUCUUGCGUUGUGGAUGGCAAUUGGAACAGCCCACGCCCUUCGCCCACCUGGUCCUUCGACACUGUGUGGGGUGUCGGCUUAUUGGGGGAGCACUCCAUCUUGGAGAUCCUGGCGGACGGCACUAUCUCACUCGCGCCAGCCGCCACAAUGGCUAAGCUGUUUGACGGGGAAGAUGAUGGGAUCCUGGCAGGCAGCCAACAGAGGAAGUCUGUUCAGCUGAGCUGCGGUGUGUGGGGUUCCUUCCCCGGCACAGAUUUCCAGCCAGUCAAAACACCCCUGGUGAUCCGCAUCAAGGAUAGCAUGUGCUGGAUCUCAGAGACAAUCCAGGGCCAAGUGGUUCAUGAGGUCACCAUCCUUGACGAAGCCACCUGCCGCAACAACUGCCGUAUGUCCAAGCGCUGCUCCCAUUACACCUUUGCUCAUGACAAAUGCAAGCACUGGCGCAUUCAGAAUGAGGGAGGAUCGCCAGUGACUGCUUUCGCAAAAGUCACUGACUGCAGCGAUUUGAACACAUGCUUGCGGCUGAAACAUCCUGAGUGGGUUGUGGCGGGCGACUAUUGCCCAGUCGCCUAUGACUUCCAACGGGGAGGGCCCGUGUACCGCAAGGACGGCACCGUCAAGCAAGAAGUCAUGUUUCUGAGCACCGUGCUUCCGGGCUCAACUUCAUCUUGCGCAGUUGGCAAGUGGCUCGUGCAGACUGCCAGUGGGGAUGACUUCGUCGACUCAGAUAUGGGCUACUUCGAGCUCAAGGGCAACGAGCGUGCUUGCCUGGAUGCUGGCUUGCCGAGCAGCGGCACGGGUAUGAGCUUGAACUUGGCCACGAUGGCCUGUGGCAAGCCUCUCUUUCCCGAAGCAGAGGAGGACGGCAACGGCAGCUUUAUUCCUCCACCCUUCUUGAUCGUCUCUGGGCAGUUUGCAUGCCCCUCCCGGCAGCUGAUGAAGGGCGCGGCCGGCAUCCACUUCGAGUCGGAGGCCGAGAGCAUGGAGCCCUCAGACUGCCAGGACGGCUUCAAGCGAGAGGAGCGAUGCAAGGACUACGCUGGAUGCCAGUUUUAUUGGAGCGGUACAUCCCACGGGGCCCAGACGUGCCGCCUCUACACUGGCUGUGACAGCUUAGUGCGGGAGUUCGGCAUGGAAGGUGAUUUGCUGGCCUUGCCACAUAACGCCAGCUGCCAGGUGGCCAACCCCGAGGCAUGCUGGAAGACCAGUCUUCGAAGGCAAUUUCUGACGCAGACACAGGGCACCUCGCCCUCCUUCACGCGUGCGGCUGCUGUGGUGAAUCCCGGCGGUACCAGGUCCUGGACAGGGAACUCUACCAAGGGCUUGACUCGGGAAACGACCUACAUCGAGCCAUUUGGAGACUUGUCCACCAUCAAGCUGCUGGGAUGGUCCCGGAUGCAGAACAACAUGGGCAUCAUGCGGGAUGUUGCAGGCAUCUCCUCCGCCGUGGUGCAGGGCUUGAACCCCAAUAAGCAGUACAAGUGGUACAUCAGGCAGCUCCCCAACACCAACACUGUGAGCAACAAGCUCACCGUGAACCAUGGCAGUCAGAUGACUUUGUCUCAGUUUUCCCGGCGCCGGUACUGGAACAAGGAGGGCACUGUGGCAUCGACGCCGCGUGGUGAGAUUCUUAUGGACUUUGAGGCCAUCGACUACCCGCUGAACUCUUUCGUAGAGAAAAGCGGCGCAUCAAGAAGAAGAGCUGGCAUCGCCUCGUCAAGCUGCCGAAGGAGGUACAGGAUCACGCAUUGCUCCUGCAUCGCCGACAGUGGGGUCUGCACGGGCUCCAAGGUGUCUGGCUCCACUUGCUAUGCGUACGGCACCACGGAUGUCCACGGCACCACUGGCAAGUCAGCCUCGGUGCGGUCCCAGUCACAGUGCAUGUCCAUGACCUUCCUGAAGUCUCACCAGGUGAUCACCAGCGGUGGUCCCAGCUUUAGUUUCCUGGAGAGUGGAGUGAACGGAACGGUGGCAGAGGCAGUGGCAGAUGAGGCAGAUGAGGCAGAUGAGGACGACCGGGAGGUGAGUUUGGAUGCUGUGGGCACGGCUCGGGACGAGGACGAAGAAGACAUCGAAGACGAAGUGGACGUGGCGGACGAAGACCACGAGGGCCUGGAUGACGAGCACCUGGGCGAGCUUGACGAGCACAGCGAAGCCGAGAGCUCUGAUGCAGACAUGGCCGAAGAGGACGAGGAGUCAGAUCAGCAGCUGCAAAAACAUUCAGAUGGCAAGCUUUCUCUUUUGGAAGAAGGUUCCUCGGAGAGUGCCGGCACAGAGGGAUGGCGAAGGCGCAGACGCACUCUGCCCUCCUCGGUGUCCGCCUCCUGCCCCUCGGGUCAGUCCUGCACGUGUUAUCCCGACACUUUCUCGGAGAAGGCGCACACUUGGACAAUCUCGCACCACUGCAAGGAGGUCUGGCUCAGUGGCGAGACGUGCCACGCCAAGGGCGGUUACGCCCAGGCAAUUUGUGCUGACAUCCCGGAGCCAGCAGCGCGAAGUUGGGGCACAGUCACGAAGAGCGGCAGCUAUGCGUCCAAUCAAGACUCGGGGCCUACCGCGCAGUGCUCCGGUGGCAAGGUCAUGACAGGCUGCUGGUGCAAGAGCACCAGCGGUCGCGGGGAUGGCUGUGCCCGAGUUUGGGUCGACAGCGGCAGCAACAAAUGCUAUGGAAGGACUGGUCCAGGCUCCCUGUCACGAUCACACUCAACGAGCUACAGCAUCGCCAUCACUGCCCGCUGCGUGGAUUUGCGCACAGCAAUGAUGAUAAUUAGUUCAUUGAAGAUUGAAUUGCAGCAGACCGGGUUGCUGCAGACUGAUACACCCGUACUAGAAGCUCGUCAAGUGGGCCGCCUUGCGCCUUUGUCCUUCCACUACGCACACUUGCACCAGCAAUGUGAUUCGCUUUUGCUUAUGGGCGGCCUUGGAGUGCAACAUUGCGCGCGACCAAGCUACCGGAUCCCAGCGUCCCACGCCUGGGAGGGCAAGCGCCCACUUCCUGUGAGUUUCGUUCAUGGCAGCCAGUUGACAGCAAGCUGUUGGACGGAGCGGUUCCAGUCUUUCCGCGCUGCCCUGAAAGAGUCUCAUGAGACUCUGCACUGCGUGAACGGUGAUUGGUACAACACCUUGCAGGGGCCCGAGCUGACAAGCUUCGCAUGUGCGCCUUGCGUGAAUGUUGCGGGGACUGGCUACUCCCAGUAUGCCAAGCGCAACGAACAGGAGCUUUACUUCUUCAGCCGAUUGGCCAUGCGUGUCUACACUGAGCUGGGGUCCAUUGUAGAGACGGCUGCGGCAGCCCACAAGUUCUGCCUGAAGAAGAAGCCUGGUUCUUCGCAUGAGAUGAUGCUGGAGAACAGCCAGGAGUGCCCCGAGAUUUUGGCCAUCCAAACCGCUGGAUCUUCGGAAAUCCAGGAGCGUAUGAUGAUGCUUUUGGACGACGGUGCGCCAGACAACGGGCAAUGCUUGCAAGCUGUGCCUUCCGAUGAUGGCACGUCGCCCUCCAUGAAGCAUGCCACUUGCAAUGUGGAUGAGGAGCGCCAGGUCAUCUCCCCUAUGGCCAUACCCGGCAUCAUGUGGAGCAUGCAUGAAAGUGCCGAUCGCAAUACCGGGGAAGAUUUGCACAAGGCCUUCUCAUCCUACUGCGGCGCUCACGGUGCGCUGGUCAGCUUGUCUUAUGGGCAAAUUUUUGGUGGCGACAUCAGUGGCAUCAAGUCGAAGUGUCAUUUCGCACCGGUGAUCAAGUUCGGGGUCUUCGUUGACAGCACCAUCACGUACGACAAGACCAGCAGCGAUUGGCCAGAUUGGAACACGCUCUUGGCAGACUCGCCCAUUCUUUGUGCAGACGGAGAGGCUUUGACAGGCUUCAAGCACCAGCCGGCCAGCAACAAGUUCAGGUAUGAAUGCAGCCGCAUUGGCGGGCUGGGCGCGAAGUACGAGUAUUUCAGUGCUCAGGUGGAGGUCAAGGUUUGGGACGCAAAGCGUUCAAACUUUCUCGAGUCUUUGAAGAUGAUCACCGUGGACUGUGGCGCCAACGGUCUUCUGAGCGGUUUCCACUUCGAGUUCUCCGAAGGCGGCCGCUGGGCACGCUCCAGGUACACCUGCUCCAAGGCGGGCGGGGCUCCAGUCGUCAUGGAGCCGUCCACCAAGAUCGAGCAACUGACGCAAGCGCCCGAGGGUGUGUUCUGCCCUAGUGCAUUUGACCAGAGAACCGGUCGCUUCGAGUACGAGAACUCCAUUACGGGCGACACCCUGACCUUCCAGAGCAGCGGCGCUUGGUGCGUAGGUUCUGCGUGCUCCGUGCCCCUGGGCGGAGCUGAUCCCAUCGGCGUUUCCAUGCCCGGCUUCGAGGUGCUGAACGUCACAGACUUUGCCGGGGAAUUCGAAGCCAAGGGAAUCCCCAAGAUGGAAGGCGAGGGCGCUGGCAACUUGGCCAAGCAGCUCAAGAAGCUGAAGCCACCGAAGCGGCCAGCGCAGCCGCCAAAGCCCAAGCUGCAGGACUUCAAGGCCAAGCAGCCCGAGUACUCCGCGGAAUGCUUGGACUACCAGGACUUGUGGAAGAAGGUUGUGGAGACGCACGUAAACGAGGCAAAGGAACCUGUGACGGAGGAGGCUAAGCUGGAGGCUGAUCCUGGCACUGAGGGCGAAGAGCUCUUGGAUUACCACCCUUGCGCAGUUGCCAAGUCUGCAGGCGGCAUUUUUGGCAGGAUGGCUGGGCAGAGCGGCAAGAUGGCUCCAGAGAACAUGUUGUACUCGGAUUGGAACGACUGCAUGCAGGGCGACAUCAAUAGAGACCUGGUGUCAGCACAGCUUGGAUAUGCCGAAACAGCAUAUGACUUGGUGGGGAAUGCGAUUCAGGAGGGGAUCAAGCUGGUGUGCGCAAUGCCUCCUGAUGUUGAGAUCGCCCCACUGGGUGCUGGAGCAGAGGUCGAGCCCGACAGCAUUUGCGAUCAGGUCACGGAUUUUGUCCGAAGCAUGAUAGACUUGCCCGUCGGAAUCGGCUUCGCAGGCAAUGCCUACGCACUGGAGGAGGAAGGCUUCAAUGCCUGCAACCCGCUGCAGGUCGGCUUCUCGCGAGUCUUUUGCGACAUCCACUGCGUGCGAGACGCCGUGAUCCGGGGCGACCGCACCAUCAUCCGCAAUCUCGAGGAGGCCACGAAGAUCUCAAACGACAACAUGAAGAAGAUGGUGGAGUGGUCCACAGAGGCCAACCGAGUUGAGACCGAGUACCUGGACAAAAAGAUCGAUCACUCCUUGAAGGUGAACACGAUCUAUUUGGAGCACAUUGCCCAGAAUACUCAGCCGGCUGAGCAGUUGGUGCUGAAGAAUGCCGCAACAGCCACUCAGGCCAUGCUGAAGGAGAUGCGCGGCUAUGCCGAGGCCGCCUCCUUCAACGCGGCUGGUCGGCAUGCUGCGCGCAGUGCGCUGAGCAACUUCCUGAAGACCGCGCAGAUGCUGAAUUCGAAUGCCUCACUGAGCCAGGUGCAGGACUUCCAGAAUCAAGUGCAGUCCCUGCACGGCGCUUUGCAGAUGACGGGUGGCGGCUUGUCGCACGCCCAGGUGGUGGGGCGGCAAAUCAACCACGAGGUGCGGCAGCUGCAGCAGCGCUUCACUCGGCAGGAGCGGUCCUUGGGCGUGUACCGCAGGCACAGCACGGAGGUGCACCAAACGGCCAAGGGUUGGAAGCGCGGCACCAGCGAGGCGUUGCUGGCUUUGGAUCACAUUUGGUGGCGCCUGCGCAACCGACUGGACGCCUACCUGGAUGUGGCGGAGUCGGAGGUGCAGCACUUCCAGGCAUCCUUCCAGGCCCUGGGCAGCUACCAAGGCUGCAAGGCGGGCUUCGAGGACCUGCUGCACAGCUACGGCGCCAGUGUGGCCAAGAUGCACAAGAGCCACCGACUGCUGAAGUCCACGUGGCGCGAGGUGGCCAACCUCCUGGGCGAGUUGGCCGCUGUGAUCCGUGACGGUGGCGUGUUCCACACCUUUGCCGCCGCGGAAGGCUGCAAGUCCCCGCUGGCCAAGCAGACGCUGCAGCAAGCGCGCUUUGCGGUGCAGGGCGCCAUUUUCUUGCUGCACCGCUUCCAGGCUGCCAGCUUGCCGCCUCCCGACGUCACAGUUUUGAAGGACUUCUCGGCACAGGUCAAGCGCUCGUACGAGGAAGCCCACAAGAAGUGCCAGAAGUAA